GCGCAGACGAGGUUCAAAUGGAGACGGCGGGUGAACCUGGCUAACAGGGUUUAGUCUGGACGCGGUCUACCUGCUUUCUGUACUGAAGAUGUGGCGAGUAAAGAAACUGAACCUCAGCCUGUCGCCCUCGCCUGAGCCAGGGAAACCAGCUAUGAGAACUCCUUUUAAGGAACUUAACCUGCAGCCCAGUGACUUCACCAACUCAGGACAAUGCUUCGCUCUGUGCUCCACGCUGACUCCGUCACUGUGCAAGCUAGGGCUGCUGGAAGGCAGCAACAACUCAUCUCUACUGGAUUUUGUCAAUGCCAAGAGCACAGACUCUCCUUCAGAACAAUACAGCUAUGCCUCAAAAUGGACAGAAGCUUGUCAACAUGAAUCAGACAAGCAGCUCCUAGAACUGACUCCCCAAACCAACUCUACUCCCAAAACAUUUGAGGAAGAAAUAGGCCCAGUGGAGGACUAUGUGGUUAAAAAUAUGGUCCUUGAAUCCUCUCCAGGUGGGCAAGAGCAAGACAUCGUACUCGAGGCCCAUUCAGAUACCAUGGCGGAGACAAACAGCAGCACUCUAACUGAAUCUUUGAGGCCCGGAGAGCUAGUGAGGAAGGAAGUGGCAGCCUGCGUGGAAGACAGUUUUUUAGAAGUUGUUGCUGCUACACCUGAGAAGCCUGCCUUUCAAGAUUCGCCAUCCCAUGUCUUGGACUCUUCAUCCAACCGUUGUUCUGAGCAACAACUGCACUGCCCCAAGGAGAGCUUGAGGGACAAUAGAACAGAAUGUGUAUCUGAGGACUUAGUACAGCCUGAAAGUAAUGACUUCCUGCUUUCCUCCGUUCUCUGGCUUUCUCCUUCACCUGGCUUGGCAACAGAUUUCCCCACCAAUCAUGUAGACCAAGGGGACGAAAUUGUAGAGGACAGAGCUAUAGAGGAAAGAGAAAUGAACUCCCCUACACUCCCUGAAAAGGCUGAAUUGGGAGAUCAGGCACUUGUGUCACAUGUGGAAAAUGUUCCACCCACAUGCCUGACACCAAAUCCAGUGGCACUGGAAUCCCAGGCAGCUCCAAGCCCAGUAGAAGAUGCUGGUAGGAUUCUUGGAUGUGAUUCAGAGACUUGGAUGUCCCCCCUGGCUUGGCUAGAAAAAGGUGUAAAUACUUCAGUCAUGCUAGAAAAUCUCCGCCAAAGUUUAUGCCUUCCCACCGUGCUGCAGGAUGCUGCCAUUGGCACCACUCCUUUCUCUGCUUGCUCUGUGGGGACUUGGUUUACUCCUCCAGCACCGCAGGAAAACAGUACAAACCAAUCCCGUCUAGGCCCUCAGAGUACCAAGGAAAAAAGUGCUUCAGAGACGCAGCACCGCCUGUGGGGCCAUCAUCCUCCAGAUCUGACUACCUUGUCUAGACAUGACCUGGAAGAUAAUCUGAUGAACUCUCUUGUCAUUCUGGAGGUUCUGAUCCGCCAGCUACAGGACUGGAAGAACCACCUGGCUGUCCCUCACCUCAAAGCCCAGGAUUGUAGCACUCAGACAGAUGCCUCUCCUCCUUGGGUACCUAAGGAGCCUAAACAUCUUCAGGAGGGCCAGAAAAUUGGACAGGCCCUGCAGCAGACCAGCAACAUCAUGCAAUCGUGGGUGCUAGCCUCUAACGAGCUCACAACCUUGCUUCACCUGUGCCUGCUGCAUGUAGAAGAAGAUAAAACAGCUGUGAGUCAGGAGUCUUGGCUUGCAGAGACUUUGAUCUCCUGCUGUUUUGAUAUGUUGAAGAAACUGAAAGCAAAGCUCCAGAGCCUCAAAACAGAAAUGGAGGAGGCGAGGCACAGAGAGGAAGUGGCCCUCAGAGGCAAGGAUGUGGCAGAGACAGUGCUGGAGGCUUUCUGUGCACAUGCCAGCCAGCGCAUCAGCCAGCUGGAAAAGGACUUGAAAUUCACAGGGGAAUUCAGAAGCCUUCUGCAAGAGGCCCAGGCCCACCUGGUAGGCCUUCACACAGAGCAAGGAGAGCUAGCUCGGCACGCAGUGAGUCUGACUUCUACCUUGGAACAGGACUGGACAUCCAUGCACCUUGAUUACGUGGCAUGGACAGAUUUGCUGAGUCAGUAUCAACAACUCGCAGAAAAACUCACAACCAAGAGCCGACAGGCCUUGCAGGACUAUAAUGUUGCAGUUGAGGAAAAGCAGCAGAUUUCCAGGGAGCUGGCACAAACCUCUACCCAUUUAGAGGACUGCAAAGGCCAAAUAGAACAACUGAACUUGGAAAAGGGUCGCUUAGCAACAGAUCUCCGGGCUCAGCUACAGAUGCUGGCCGACACGGAUAGACAGCUAAAAGAGCUGCAGAAUCAGCAUGCCCACUGUACCCAGGACCUGGCCACAAAGGAUGAGUUGCUCUGCCAGCUUACCCAGAGCAAUGAGGAGCAGGCCGCUCAAUGGCAAAAGGAAAAGAUGGUGCUAAAACAAACGCGAGCUGAACUGGAGCACCAACAGGCUGUGUUUGCCAAGGAGUUGCAGGACCUUAAGGAGACCCUGCAGUUUGCAGACCAAGAGAGUCAGAUUGCUCACUUGGAGCUGGGUGAGGUGGAGUGUCAGUUGAAAACCACUCUGGAUGUCCUCCGGGAGCGCAGCCUGCAGUGUGAGACUCUCAAGGACACUGUAGAGAACUUAAAGGCUGAACUGGCCAGCACCAUAGCAGCGAACCAGGAACAAGACCUGCAGAAGACACGGCAGUAUUCCCAAGAGCUAGGGGUGCUGACCAAGCAACUUCAGAGCCUAACCCUCUUCCUACAGACAAAACUAAAGGAGGCGGCUGAACCAGAGACCCUUUCACUAAGCACAACCCAUGCUCUUGCAGAGGAACACCCUCUACCUAAUGGCCGUGUCUCCGUGGGGAGCAUCUGGACAGCAGACACAAGCGAAGAGCCAGAAUCAGCUCCUGUGUCUUUGCUUGGAAGCGGCAAGAGUGCGUUCACCCGAGUAGCAUCAGUGGUUUCCCUUCAUCCUCCAGAGACCCCAGACAUAGAGAUGAACCUGGCAGAAAUGAACAGUAAGCUGCUUGAGCUUCACAGCCUGUGUACCCUGCUGCAAGAGUCUAAAGAAGAAGCCAUUGGGUCUCUGGAGAGAAAAAUCUGUGCUCUGCAGGGGAGGCUGCAGGCCCAGGAAGAACAGCACCAGGAAGCCCAGAAGGCAAAGGAAGCAGACAUAGAGAAGCUGAACCAGGCUCUGUGCUUGCGCUACAAGAAUGAAAAGGAGCUCCAAGAAGUGAUACACAAGCAGAAUGAGAAGAUCCUAGAGCAGAUAGACAAGAGCGGCGAGCUCAUUAGCCUCAGGGAAGAGAUGACCCAGCUCACCCGCUCCCUUCGGCGUGCAGAGACGGAGACUAAAGUACUCCAGGAGACCCUGGCAGGCCAGCUGGACCCCAACUGUGAGCCCGAGGCCACUAACUGGAUCCAAGAGAAAUUGUGGCUCUAUCAGGAGGUGGACAAGCUGAGAAUGAUGUUCCUAGAGGUGAAAGAUGAGAAAGCAAAACUUAUGGUCAAGUUCCAGAGCCAGAGAAACAUCCUAGAGGAAAACCUGCGGCGCUCUGAUGCAGAGUUGACGAAACUAGAUGAGAUCGUUCAGCAUAUUUACAAGACUCUGCUGUCCAUCCCAGAGGUGGUACAGAGCUGCCAGAAGCUACAAGGAUUGCUAGAAUUUCUGAGCUAAGAAACGGAGUAGCCAGUGGCAGUGGUGUGUGCCUGUAGUUCCAGCUACUCAGGAGGCUGAGGCAAGAAGAUCGCCUGAGCCCAGGACUUCAAGACUAUUUGGGAAAAAAAAAAGAAGAAACUGAAAACUGGUUCUCCCUCAUCCCUUUUUACCUGCAGUACCCUCUCACCCCUACACUAGGACCAAUAGGCCUAGAGCCAACUGUGCUUAAUAUUAUUUAAAUAAAGUAUGUUUAAGUUGA